AUGGCGGUGAUUACGGUCAAGGUUCAAAGCCGUUCGGGAAAGCCCGUCACCGACGUGCAGCUCGACUCCACGGCCACCGUGAGCGACCUGAAGAAGAAGAUCCACAAGGCCAAGAGCGCCCUCUAUCCCGCGCGCCAGCGCCUGACGCUGCCGCCCCCACCUGGGGCCAAGAGCGGCGACGUGCUCAAAGAUGGCGCCACCCUUGAAUCUGUCGGCCUCAAGGACGGCUCUGUCGUGCUUUUCAAGGAUCUGGGCACGCAGAUUGGCUACUCCACAGUGUUCUUCUUCGAGUACUUUGGCCCCAUGGUGAUAUACCCUGCCUUCUUCCUCUUCCCCCAGAUCUUCUACCCCUGGGCCGACAAGGUGCCUGAGAAGACCCUGGUGCAGAAGGUGGCGUGCGCCUACUGGGUGUUCCACUACGCAAAGCGCAUCUUUGAGACCUUCUUCGUCCACGUGUUUGGCCACGACACCAUGCCGAUCUUCAACCUCUUCAAGAACUGCUCCUACUACUACGGCUUCGCUGCCUACGUGGCCUACUUUGUCAACCACCCCCAGUACACCACGCCCCCUGAGACGCAGAGCCUCGUGCUCUUUGCGCUGGCCCUCAUCUUCCAGCUCUCAAACCUCAGGUGCCACAUCAUCCUGGCCAACCUGCGCAAGCCCGGGGAGAAGGGCUACAAGAUCCCGGCUGGUUUCCUCUUCAACUACAUCACCUGCGCCAACUACUUCGCGGAGAUCAUGGGGUGGGUCUGCUUCAGCCUGGCGACACAGACCGUGUCGGGCUUCCUGUUUACUGCCGCGGGCGCCUACCAGAUGGCUGUCUGGGCCCAGGGCAAGCACAAGCGCCUCGUCAAGCUGUUUGACGGCAAGGACGGCCGUCCCAAGUACCCGCGGCGCUGGAUCAUGCUGCCCCCAUUCUUCUGA